AUGCGAUCCUUCUACGUCUGUACUCUCUUUUUGAGUGGUAUACUCCUGCUCAGUAGUGACUGCGCCUCGGCCGCCAGAAUGGACGACUCGAACGACGACAUGGAUUGGAUGGAUCCUAUCCAUGAAUUGAAAGCUAAGCUUGGCCACACAGGCGCUAAGCUUCGCGAGAAAUGGUCGAAGACGAAACCCGCGCGCAUUAUGAAACACGCGCUCAAGGACUUGAAGGACUUACCCCAUGAAGUGAAGAUGUAUACCAUUGUCCACACUCUUCAAGCCGGCAAGCUGGACGUUCGUCGAAUCGAUGCGCCGGGUGAGUUGCUGUCAAAGGACUUUUGCAGGUUCGUCCGACAUCUUCAUCGCAACACCGAGCACAGCGAUCCGGACGCCGCGGUGCUGUUCUUCUUUCGGACAAGAUUACUCGAGAACGAGGUGGCAAUCCUGAUCUCGCGCGCGAAGUUGUUCGAGGAAAAUGCGGUGCAUAUGCAGAAGGCGCUUUUCAAGCAGUGGUUUCAACGAAAAUUAGAUGUGAACGGUGUAAAAGAGCUGUUUACGAAACCCUAUGCGUGGCAGUGGGGCGACGAUGUGUAUGUUCAAGAUAUCGUAAGUUCGUAUCGAAAGUACCUGCAUCACAGGCGCCGUUCCACCGCCCGGCAUGCUGGAUAA